AUGAAGCGGUUCAUCGAAAAACUACCUAUGUUGACAGCGCCAUACCCAGAAGAACUACUAAAAAUGUACCUGGCGGCAGCUUAUAACGCGGUAAGCGCGGUACUCAUGGUGGAAAGAGAUGGAAAACGAACACCCAUAGAUUAUAUCAGCCGAGUUCUGGCGGGACGCGAAACGCGGUAUCCAACACUUGAAAAGUUGGUACUGGCAUUAGUCCACGCUACCCGACAUCUCAGAAGAUAUUUUCAAGAACAUCGCGUACAGGUAUUAACAAAUUACCCGCUACAGCAAAUUUUACACAAGCCAAAGAUCUCUGGAAGAUUGGCUAAAUGGGCGAUCGAGUUGGGAGCCCUAGAUAUCAAAUAUCGAAAGCGAACAACAAUUAAGGGGCAGGUGAUCGCCGAUUUCUUGGCUGAGAUUCCUGAUGGAGAAGUAAUACAGGAUCCCGUGGUCCAAGACAUACCGGAGUCCAGCACAGCUAGGCAAACCUGGAAGUUGUAUACCGACGGACCAUCCAGUGGAAAAGGUUCCGGGGCGGGUCUCAUGUUAAUAAGCCCAGACGAGAUAAGGCUGAUGUACGCCCUACGUUUCGAUUUUGAAUGUUCCAACAACGAGGCAGAAUAUGAAGCACUACUCGCGGGUUUAAGAAUGGCCCAAUCUAUGGGAGCAACAAGAGUCGAUGCAUAUGUCAACUCUUUGCUAGUCAUUAACCAAGUAAACGAAACCUAUGAAGCCAAGGAUGAAUCGAUAGCAAGAUAUCUGGCUAAGACAAAGGAGCUCAUGGCUUCCUUUGACCGUGUCACACUCAAUCACGUCCAUCGAGGAAAAAACCAAACAGCAGACACCCUGAGCAAACUCGCUACAUCGGGUAUGGAAAAAGAAGUAAGGGUGGAAACGUUGCAAACGCCUUCCAUUGAACCUCAGGAACUAUCCGCCAUCACGGCGAAAGAACCUUGUUGGUACACUCCAAUUCUAAAGUUCCUCACAAAGGGGGAAUUACCCUCUGCACGUGACGAAGCACAAAAGAUACAAACAAAGGCGUUGCAAUAUGAAGUGAACAACAACGUCCUAUACAGAAAAUCAUACUUGGGACCACUGCUGCGGCGUGUAUCCCCAGUGGAAGCGAAAUACUUAAUUCAAGAAAUACACGCCGGCAUAUGUGGCAUUCACGCUGGACCCCGGGCAGUUGUCGCUAAAAUCCACAACACCGGGUACUAUUGGCCCGGGAUGCAUGAAGACGCGGUAGAUGAACUCAGAAAGUGCUGUAGUUGCCAAAAAUUUGCUCCUCAGACGCUCCGCCCCAAGAACAAUUUAAUUCCUGUCACGGCGGCAUGGCCAUUUCAAAAGUGGGCAGUCGAUAUCGUGGGGCCAUUCCCGCUGGCUCCCGGAAAGUUAGAGUACCUAAUUGUGGCAAUCGACUAUUUCACCAAGUGGGUUGAGGCCAAACCUUUGGCUAAAAUAACUGCUGAAAACGCGAAGAAAUUCCUGUGGGGACACAUAGUGUGCCGAUUUGGACUGCCGCUGUACCUGGUGAGCGACAACGGAACACAAUUCACAGACCGGGUUUUGCAAGAUUGGUGUGCAGAACUUCAGAUUCAGCAAAUCUUCACAUCGGUAGCACAUCCCCAGGGAAACGACCAAGUGGAGCGGGCAAAUAGGAGUUUGCUUGAUUGA